GACUGAUCCGGGGGCGCAGCAGCAGCAGCAGGCGUAGAGAGCUGCACUGAAGGACGAUAAACAUGAGAGACACGCACACAUUGAAUGUGCAGCGGAUGAAAACAUUUCAAUUAGGUUAAUAAACCGAAUUUCGGAAAGCAAGUUGAAUAACGGAGUGAGCUUCCACGCGAGGAAACCGAGAGAUUAAAUCGAGCGGUUGUGUUGCAGUUACGGGCGAGCUGAACAGGAAGAAUUCCCUUGCUUUCUGAGAGCGAGGGGAAGGAGAAGGAGACCUAUAUGAGUGUACAGUGAAGAAAGUUUCCAUUUCUUAAAACAAACUGAAACUCACGAGUACAGCGCGGAACACUGAAACCAUGCACUCUAUGUACAGUGUGGGAUAGUUGCUGUUUAUGCGCAUUUAAACGGAUCGUUUUCUUUCUGGCUUACAAGAACUGGGACAAAAGUUUAUCUAAGACAAAGUAAAACAACAUACUGGAAAAAUCUAGACGGUUUACCGGAACGGUUAGCUUUUUAUAAAAACUGCGUGGAGCUAUUCGGGUUGAAUAGCUUAGCUGGGUUUUCUACCUUGCUGGACUGGUGAUUGGGGGUCCGGGGGGCGGGUUGUGGAUAUAUAUAUAUAUUUUUUUUUAUUAAUGGCCUCUGCCAGGAUGUAUCUUAUAACGAGAUGCAUUCUGAUCUCAUUAAUUUGCAAAAGCAGUCGGGCACUUUUAUGUUUGCCAUGUGAUGAGUCUAAAUGCGAGGAGCCAAAACAUUGCUCUGGCGCGGUGGUUCUCGGUAUCUGCGGCUGCUGCUCGGUCUGCGCCAAGCAGAAAAACGAGAGCUGCGGCGGUGUCUAUGGUCUGUAUGGGACUUGCGACCGGGGGCUUCGGUGCGUGAUCCGACCGCCCCUGAACGGUGGAUCCAUCACGCAGUAUGAGGUCGGAGUCUGUGAAGACGAAAACUGGGACGACGACCAGCUGUUGGGAUUCGAGCCGUGCAACGAGAACCUGAUCACAGGCUGCAACAUCAUCGACGGAAGGUGUGAGUGCGACAGCAUACGGACGUGCAACAACCCCUUCGAGUUUCCCAGCCAGGACGCAUGUCAGACAGCACUAAGGAAGAUAGAAGAGGAGCGUCCGGACUGUUCCAAGGCGCGGUGUGAAGUGCAGUUCUCUCCCCGAUGCCCUGAGGACUCCGUGCUAAUCGAAGGCUACGCCCCCCCUGGAGAGUGCUGUCCGCUGCCCAGCCGCUGUGUCUGCAGCCCUGCGGGGUGCCUGAGGAAGGUGUGCCAGCCAGGUUACCUCAACAUCCUGGUGUCCAAGGGCUCCGGGAAGCCUGGAGAAUGCUGCGACCUGUACGAGUGCAAGCCAGUGUUUAGCGUAGACUGCAGCACAGUGGAGUGCCCUCCCUUCCAGCAGGUCCAGUGUCCACCUGACAGCUAUGAGACCCAGGUGCGUCUCACCGCGGACGGCUGCUGCACCCUUCCCACCAGGUGUGAGUGCUUGCCCGGCCUGUGCAGUUUCCCACAAUGCACCGCGGAGAGCACUGCCCAAGUCGUGUCCCACGGCGAUGGAACCCCUGGGCGAUGCUGUGAUAUUUAUGAGUGUAUCAACGAGACCCAGCCCGCGUGCAGCUUUAACGGGUCGGAGUACCAUGACGGAGACAUGUUCCGAAUGGAUGCCUGCCGCUUCUGCCGCUGUCAGGGAGGGGUGUCCGUUUGCUUCACCGCCCAGUGCGGCGUCCUGCACUGUGAACGCUACUACGUCCCUGAGGGAGAGUGCUGUCCCGUAUGCGAAGAACCCAUCUACCCUGUGCUGAACUUUGCCGGCUGCUACGUGAACGGGGAGAUCCUGGCACACGGGGACCACUGGCGUGAGGAUGACUGUACCUUCUGCCAGUGUGUGAGCGGCGACACGCGGUGCGUGGCUGCAGCGUGCCGUCACAGCUGCCUCCACCCCGUUACAGUACCGGGAGAGUGCUGUCCUGUGUGUGAGGAGCCCACCUACAUCACUAUGGCGCCCCCUACCUGUCAGUCACUAGAAAACUGCUCCCUGUCAGAGAAAGACUGCUUAUACGGCUUCCAACUGGACCAGAACAACUGUCGCACCUGCUUCUGCAAAACACGCGAGGAGCUGUGCGGCGCCCUGAUCUCCGACUGCGCCCUGAGGUGUCCCUUCGGCAUGCAGACAGAUGCCCGUGGCUGUGAUGUGUGCCAGUGUCGCCCCAGGCCCAAGAAGUGCAAGGCUGUGGUCUGUGACAAGGCCUGCCCAUUCGGCUUCAUAAAGAACAAGCAUGGUUGUGAUAUAUGUCGCUGUAAGAAGUGUCCAGAGUUACCCUGCGACAAGGCCUGUCCAAUGGGCUUCCAGCAGGACAAGUUGGGUUGCCUGAAGUGCCAAUGCAGAGAUCCGAGCUCCUCUUCUGUGGCCCCAGCAGUGAAGAAGGCUUCCUGUCUUUCCAUGGAUGGAAGACGGCACAACAACGGGGAGAACUGGCAUGACGGCUGCCGGGACUGCUACUGCCACAGCGGCAGAGAGAUGUGUGCCCUCAUCUCCUGCCCUGUGCCAGCCUGCGACAGCCCUGCCAUCUGGCCUGGACAGUGCUGCCCGUCCUGCCCAGAGGAGCCUAGCUCCCACAAACCAGACCUGGGAGACUCGUCGGUUUGUCUGGCCCCAGGAGGCGAGUACUUUGUGGAGGGGGAGACGUGGAACAUUGACGCCUGCACCCAGUGCACCUGUCACAGUGGGCGUGUCCUGUGUGAGACAGAGGUGUGCCCGCCCCUGCUCUGCCCAAGCCCAAUCAGAACGCAAGACUCCUGCUGCCCUCACUGCCCAGAUGAACCUCUCACUCCCCGGUCUCCUACUAAUGACAGCAUGCCCAGCUACUGCCGGAACGACGAGGGGGACAUCUUCCUGGCAGCGGAAUCCUGGAAACCCAACACCUGCUCCAGCUGUGUGUGUCUGGACGGACAGAUCAGCUGCUUCUCGGAAUCCUGUCCUCCCGUAGGCUGCGUCAGGCCCGUUCUGCGCAAGGGACAGUGCUGCCCCUACUGCCUAGAUGCCACCCCGCGGGCCGUGUGCCACUUCAAUGGGAAGACGUAUGCGGACGAGGAGCGCUGGGACAUAGACAGCUGCACCCACUGCUACUGCCUUCAGGGACAGACACUUUGCUCCACUGUCAGUUGCCCUGCCUUGCCCUGCCGCCAGCCCAUUAUAGUUGAUGGGAGCUGCUGCCCCAUGUGUUCAGAGAUGUAUGCUCCAGCCCCCACCAACGUGCCCAUCGAGAAGACCGACCGACAAGGAGAUAGGAAGCCGUUCCAGCCUGCCUGGCCGACACGCAGUGAGAAUGACAUCAUGCCACAGUUCAGAGGGGACUUUGGUAGUCUUCAAAUGCCAUAUCUGGAUGGGAAGACUCCUGUGCCCAGUGAGGAUGCCACACUGCAUUCUGUGGCCUGGGUUGCCCUGCCCGUCAUCAUGAUGCUGUUCACUGUUACAGCUCUGCUCUACAUCAACCAGAAGAAACAGUGGAUUCCCGUGCUCUGCUAUCGCACCCCGACUAAGCCCACUUGUCUCAACAACCAGCUGGUGUAUGUGGACUGCCAGAAAGGCACCAAGGUGCAAGUGGACAGUUCCCAGCGUACGCUCCGGAUCGCCGACCCUGACUCCAGAUACAGCGGUUACUACAGCAUGCAGAAACAGAACAACCUGAACAACCUGCAGGCCGACAACUUCUACCAGACUCAGUGAGACUGAAAUCAGCCUCGCCUUUUGUCCAGUACUCAGCAGUCAGCAAGCAGCCAAAACCAGAGAGAGCACAUUACUACAGUACCGCCACACAGGUAGAGCAACUAUUAAUGAUCGCAGACGGACAGACAAACCUAUAUGGAGAGAAAAGAGCUAGCUAAGUUCACGCCAAACGAUGACAAAAAAAGAACAGACAGACGAAUCUCCACAAGAUAACAUACCAAACAAAAUAAAAUAAUGAUGAUUUAAAACUAUAGCUAACACAAUGGGAGAACCAGAAUCUAGAAUUUUCCUAGAUUAUUAAUAUACUUUUUUUGCGAGUGUUACAAGCGUGUUUGGUGUGUGUGUGUGUUUGGGGGUGUGUGUGUAUGUGUGUAUGUUUGUGUGUGUGUUUCUGUGCGUUGUGGAGGCAUGCGUUCCGAGUGACUUGAGCGAAUGAGCGAGUAAGUGAAGUUAGAUAAGCAUCUUUAGGAUUAGGACAAACAUUCCUGCUUCCUUGAAAAAGGCUUCUGAAGAGCUAAACAGAAUAAUCCAAGCUAGUGUUUGCUGUUGAACACUGAACUUUUAGAACCAAAGCUCCACUGACUUUCAAAUAAAAACCACACUAUGUAAGAGAUGCUGGAGGAAUGAUGUGGUCUGUCUGUCUGAGCUGAGCCAUGGCAGGACGGACUGCCUAUUCUACUGUAGGUGGCACUCAGCUGAAAGAGAGAGGUCUGAUACCGUAGACCCUCAUCACAAACUCAACUGAGCACCCCACUCAGGUCUGUUCAACCUGGACUAGUCCUCUCUUCUUUCCUUCCUCUGUUCCUCCCCCCCUUUGAAAUCGUCUCAACUGGUCUAUCUUCUCGUUUGCCGUGGAACGUCCCCUAUUAGAAAGGAGGUGGAAAGGAAGAUGAAGAAGCAUCACUCACUCCAUCACCAAGCUGUUGUUCUCACCGGGUCUGUCGUUUGGACUGAUGUACAUCCGUUUCUUUUCCUUUGACUUGUAUGAUAUGUUCUAUUCUUGGUCACUUUCAAAUCUUCAUCAUCUUUUUGCAAAAUGUGUUUCACAUCAAAGGGCAGGUUGACUCUGACUUUCAAACACUCCAAACAAUUGUGUAUUUUUUUGGGAUAUAGAAUAAAGGGGUUCAGGUUAAUAAAGGCAGGAUGAGGCUAGUGGAGUUCUUGAGGAUUUUGGGAUAUGCUAUACAAGUGCUGCUUUUCUGCUUUGUUUCUGUAAUCCCUGUUUUCCAUUGAGUCAGACACAUACACGGAGUGACUCUUACACUCAUUUAGGAAACACUGAGAUAAGCCUACAAGGAAACAUAGAAUCAAAGAAUAUGUUCAAAUGUCUGUGUUCUUUCUGGGGGUCUCUAAUGACAAGCUACAGUAAAGUAGCUCUUUGAUAUUUUUCCCCUCCUUUUGUUUUGUUUACUGGCUGUGAGACUAACAGUCCCCCCUUCUGGAGGUUGUUACAUCACCUAAUAUUACCCAAGCACCUUUGUGUUCUUUUAUUCUUUGCAAAAAUUGGUUUCAAACAUUAUGGGAACACUUAUGUACAUAUUACUGCUAGAAAUGAAAAAUACAUGGACUAUUGUGUGACUAUACUGUAUGUGUUUAUUGUACAUGCAUGUAUGUACGUGUUUCAACAUACAUGCAUGCACACCUGAUUUUUUUUCUUCACAUGUACAUUUCUCAAUUAAUUUUCUAUUGAAUGUAUUUAUGAUUGAGAAAAAUAGAUUUUAUCUAAUAAUGGAAAACACGAUGAGAACAAGCAUUCCAUUUGCAUUGCUUGUUUGAAAAAAGUAAUAAAGAGGAGUGAUAGAGACAGGACAGAAAAAAAGAUUCAUCUCAUUGUCUUUUUUUUCUCAUUCAUUUGAUGGCAGUUUAAUAUUUUUUUUUUAUGUUCGAUUGGUCUGUGAGUUCCUAACGUAUUUGAGUCAAUCUGCUUCCCUGAAUGAAGCAAAGUCCAAAAUGCCUACCGUGUAAUGACAAGUGAGUUUUGAGCAGAGCAGUGCCAGGUUCUCUCAAUCUUGUAUUCUUCUCUUUCAUUCAUCGCUUCUGAUGUCAAAACUACUGGAUAGUGGGUGGACAUAAGCUCUGGGAGAGAUGGAGGGAUGAAGGAAGGGAGGGGUAGUAGUCGACUUGUGAUAGUUUGUCUUGGGUGUAUCUUAAUCUGUCUGAUAAAAAUAAGUAGAAUCAUACAUCUUGGCACUUUUAUAUAGAAAAAAAACUUUUUUGGUGUGUUUUUUUAAACAAAUACUUUUUAUUGAAAAAGUUGCCCUUAGUUUUUUUUUGUAGCCCUGUGAGACCCAGUGUUACCAUUAGGUUCAAUGUUUUUGUCUGAAUUUCACCUACAAAACCAUGUGUAAUUUAAAGAUGCAUUCCAGGAUAUUAAACUCACCAGAUUUGUAUGAUAUGUUAUGAAUUUGAUUCGGUUGUGUUGUAUUGUGUGUUUUUUUGCAGGUUGUAACAUAUCAUGUGAAAUGGGUGAUGUAGUAUACAAUACAAUUGUAUGAUGUGGUACACAAAACAAACGGGGACCCGUUGAGCACCACUUUAAUGGCUACACAAUGAUAUUAUGCAUAAUUAACACUCUGGAGUGCAUCUUUAAUUAAACUGUAUGCUUGUGUGUUUAAUGUAAAGUGUAAAAAUAAGAUACUAGUAAUAAUGCAAAAAAUUGCAUAUUACUCUAUACAGGCAGUACAUUUCUGUUUAUAGGAGAGAAUUUAAAAAAAAAUCUGUCAGAAAAUAAUAUGUACCUAUCAAACGACAAGCGUCAGUUACUGUUUUGAUAGGUAGAUAUUUUUCUUGCCUGUUUCCUUCAUAUUAAAAACUUGCUCAAAGCAACUGAAUAACCAACAGGUACCACAUGGGAAUGAUUCUAACAUCAUAUGCAGUUUUAUCAUCAGGAAAUAAACCAAAUUUGUGAAACCUAAAUUCAGAAUUCACGUAUGUUGAGAUGAUAGUUAUUGAUUUGAUUAAGGAUUAACAAGAUAUAUUGCACUUGCAUCACAUGAACUGAGUUAUUUUUUGAUUUUGCUGUAGGUUGCAGGACUUGACUCUACAAUUCACGGUCGCAUAAAGUCCUACUUAAGGAUAUGCAGCUUAUUCUCAAUGGGUCUUACAGGGUGAAAUCUUUGUAUUUUUCAGUGCAUCCUCCAAGUAUUGUUCUAAAUACUUGAGUUUCACUUGCCAAAACAAAAAGAAACAAAAAACAUGGUUGCAAAGAAAGAGAGAAAAAAAGAUUUAAUUUAUUGUGUUAAAUGACCGAAAUAAUUUAUUAAUGAGCAAGACAAUUGAAAAUGAACAUUAUAGGAGCUGAAAGGACGAUGCAGCUGAAAUUGUACAUCUGUUUUGGUGUUGUGUUGGUCUCUCAAAGAGCGUUUAAAUAAGGUUGUAAUUUAGGUAGGUGGAGAAGUUGGAGGAUCACAAGCUUCCUCAUCUUUUGUCAGGGUUUUUGUUCACAUGUGGACCUGCCAUAGCCUGUUCCCAGAAGUGUUUAUGUUGUCUUGCCAACUCCUACAUGGUCAUUGUCACACAGUUUGACUGUCACACAGUGUUACUGUGAACACAGAAGUUGACUAGCUGAACAACAAACAAAUCUGGGGUUUAGGCUUAAUAUGCCUUGUCCAAAAGCCUGACAAUUUGGUGAGCUUCUUCCAGUUAUGCCCUUUGAGAUGCGAGUGAUAUCUCUCUGUCCCCAUUCUUUCUGUUAUUUUUUUCCAAUUUUAUUCACACAACUACCAAUCCCCUUUAGAGUCUGUAUAUUACUGGUGUUUCAUGCUUAUGUAAAAAGAAAAAAAACUAUGUUGAUACUGAUGAUGAUAUUGCAAAAACAAGAUUUAUAAAGAGGAUAGAUGAAGAUUUGACUCUGAAUUUCAUGUAGCACAGCAGAUUCUUUUGCAAGUUUAUGUAUUAUUUUUGUUUUUUUCUUUGCAGCACAAUAAAUACUUUGAAAACAGA